AUGGCAUCUACGAACACAGAGGCCACGUCGGCUUCUUCUGGAAGUAACGACAGUUCCAACAAAGACAUUAGUUUGAUACCGCAAGAAGUAGACGAUACGGAUUACGGCAAGGUGUAUGAAGAACUUCAACUGCAUUUUCAUGAGGUAUACACGGUUUCACAGAGGUUGGCGGUUACAGAGAAGGCACAACGUCAAACGCUAUAUAGCUAUCGACGUAAAAUCGAUGCUUUGCUUGACUACAUGGCUGAGCUUGAGGGCCGUGAUGAAGAGCCAAUCGAACAACCAUUAGAUCUAGAUUCUAGACGAAUCGAAGAGAUCCUUCAAAAGAAGCCCGAAUUGAAACUGACACUUGAACCUCUACUUCAAAUUGCACAGAAUGAACUACCAGCCAACAUCAAGUUUAAAAAGUCAUACAACGCUAAUUUGGCAGUGGACGAACUGAUACCUGACAUUCGUCAGGACGAACUAGAUACAGUUGAGGUCAACCCGCAAGAAACUGAAAUGUGGGUUCGCCGCAAUUAUCCUCACUUGGUCGUCUCCAAGUUUAAACCUGUUGAAAUCCGAGGCAAGGAUGUUAGGGAAUACAAUGACCCUAACCUGCUGGCACCCAAAAAGAAGAGAAGGACGAACAGCAGAGAUCAGUGA